AUGCACCACAAAACCAAAACCAAGCCCAAAACCCCCCCCUCCCUCCCGCCCUCCUCCACCCGCCCGCUCAACAUCCUCCUCACCAACGGCCGCUUCCCCACCACCAUCGACCUGGCGCGCCAGCUGCACCUCGCCCACCACACCAUCACCGUCGUCGACCCAAUGCACUACCACGUCUGCCGCUUCUCCCGCUCCGUCCACAAGUCCAUCCACGUCCCCGCCCCGCACGUCGACCCCACGGGCUACAUCGCCGCCGUGGCCGCGACGGUCGAGAGCGAGAACAUAGACAUCAUCAUCCCGAUGCACGAGGAGAUCUUCUACCUCGCGACCUGCAACGACGACAUCAUACUGAAGCGCCUCUUUGCGCCCCCGUACGAGACGCUGAUCGCCCUGCACAACAAGUGGGAGUUUACACGCCUUCUCCAGCGCGCGGGGCUAGCCGCGCCAAAGACGUGGCUCUGCCGCUCCCGCGCAGAUAUGGAGAAGCUGGACCGCACGCGGGAGCUCGCGCUGAAACCGGUGUUUGGGCGGGCGUGCGCGGGGCUGCACCAUCUUAAGCCCGGCAAACCCAUACCGGCGAAUCUGGAUGUCAGGGAGGACAACCACUACGUCGCGCAGGAGUGGCUGGUGGGGAGGAGGUUGUGCAGUUAUGCGGUUGUGCGUGCAGGGCGGGUGAGGGCGUUUGCGGUGUACCCUGUCGAAGACACGAUUGAUGGCAGCAGCGCGGUCAGUUUUGUGAGUGUGGAGCACAAGGGGGUGCGCGAGUAUGUGGAGGUGCUUGUGCGCGCGCUGGGGGCGGUGGAUGGACAGAUUGCGUUGGACCUCGUGGAUGUCGAGGGGCGCGGGGUCGUGGCGAUUGAGUGUAAUCCACGGGCGACGAGCGGGAUCCACCUGUUUUCGCAAACGAGAGCGCUAGCAGAAGCGCUAGUGGGAGAUAGGGACGGGGUGUGGGAGGCGAGGCCGGGGGCGAGGAGGCAGUUGAUGCCCGGGAUGCUGAUGUGGGAUCGCAGUGGAGGGUAUGUGGCGCAUAUGAAGAGGCUGAUGGGGAGUAAGGAUGUGCUGUUUAGUACGAGGGAUUUGAUGCCGAGUUUGAUGCAGCCGUUUUUGUUGACGAGUUAUUACAAGAUCUGCCAGGAGAGGCGCAUGAAGUUGCCGGAGAUGUUUCAGUGGGAUUUGACGUGGGAGCCGGAGGGGGAGGAGUUGGGGAGGGUGAGGAAGAGGGUGGAUGAAUUUGUGGAGAGAGGGACGGCGGUGGCCAGUGUGGGGGCGUAG